AUGGCUCCCUCCCCGUUUCGCCUUCCCAAGUCGCGUGAUCGCGCCGCUGGCGGUUCCUGUUGGCUGCAGCCGCGCUCGGGAUUGCGAUCCGUGUGCCUGCUAGCAGCCUGCGCGGCGGCGCUGGUUCCGCUGCUUGUCUCAUUCUCGGCCUUGAAUGCAACGUAUCAAGACACUUUGGAGCCGCCCAUAGCAAUGUGUCUGGUGGGGUCGGCGCGGGCCUUUGAGGCAACGGGCCCUUCACUGCUGCGCCACCUGCUGCUGCCCUCCGCGCAACCCUCCUCCCACCCCUCACACCGCUCCUCACACCUCUCCCACCCCCCACACCACCCCUUACACCUCUUCCUGCACGCGCCUCUGGACGAAACCACUGCCAAACUUGGCUUAUUUGGAGGAAUCAAGGGGGGAGGGUUUGGGGCAGGGUUUGGGGCAGGGGGGCUUGGAGUAGAGGGUGUGACUAUAGCGAGUGUGAAGAUCUUCCCGAGCAGUGAUUUGGACGAGACAGACAACAGGAAAAGGGCGCUCAACUGGGAGUCCUCGCCUCAGGGCUUGCAGGGACUGCUACAGUACUUCCGCCUGGUGGAGGGGUGCUGGGACAUGAUCCAAUCGUUUGAAGCCACGUCAGCACCGCCCCUGCGCUACAGCUGGAUCGUGAGAGGGUGCAUGCUGUGGCGUGAACGGGUGUAUAGUUGGUGGUGUAUAGAUGGUGGUGGUGGUUCAGGCGAUACUGUGUGUGGUGGACACUCAGCAGCAGCAUUGAGGCGGCUGAGUGCGUUGGAUAAGAUGGUGGCUGUUGGAUAA